UAUAUUAUAUUUGACUAGGUAUAUAUUUCAGUUUCUCUAUCAAAAAGAAAAUAAUAAGUGAUACGAUUGCUUUCAGAGUAAUAAUUAUUUAUUAUUUUUAUCGUGAAUAAGUAUAUUUUUUAAUUAAUUUAAAUUAAAUGGUGAACGAAACACAUUUAACAACAACCAAAUUAAAAUAAAUAUCGCGAAGAAAGUAAAUAAUUAGGUAAACUAAUUUUCAACAAAUGACAAGAAAAGAAUGGCGUCAUCGAAUUUGAAAUAUUGUUUGGGACAUGAAAGAGUUAAAUCAGUUAAAAUAAUCUCACAUCAUGUCACUUGGAAACAAAAACCGAUGACGACAUACGUUAAGCCGAUUUUUGAUUUUAUGGCAUCUGUGAGGCAUAAAAAAUUAAAAGCCCACAAGAAAUUGCAACUAAAAAACAAAUGCUCUAGUAUAUGUAAAUGCGAGGAGAAAAUAAAUAGAUUCCAUGAAAUAGAAAAAACCAAAGAAUAUAAAAUUAAAAUGAAUGUUUUAACAGAACAACAAAAAAGUUACAUUGACCGAAUAACGGAAAAAUUACAAAACAAAAUGCACGGUGAAGAAUUUACGAUAGCUGAAAAAUUAAUGUGCCUCUCAAUUUAUAAUAAAUCGGAAAAUUUGUAUAACUACCUAUGCACAUUAAUUCCAUUGCCAGAUAAUAUGAAUUUAAAAAAAUUUCGUAAAUCCAUACCAUUUGAUGCUGGUGUCACGUCAACGAUGGCAAAAAGAUUAUUAAAAUUAUCAACGACAAUGAAUUCUAUCGACAAAAUUGUUAUUCUAAUGUUGGGCUCAUUUCCCAUAGAACCACAUUUACAUUAUUCUGGAAAAUUAGAUAAAAUUAUUGGCUAUGAGGAUUGGGGCUACCAGCGUGAUUAUCUUGCUGAGGAGGCUUUUGUUUUUGCAAUUCGUGGAAUAGAAUCCAAUUGGUUUUUACCAGUUGCUUACAGUUUUGCGGAUGAAGAGCCAAAAAUUUCUCGUCUCGUUAGAUUAUUCAAACAAGUUGUACAGUGCGUGAAUUCAGCUGGAUUUACAAUUGUUGCUUGUGUCAGUGACAAAAAUCAAUGGUACGAGGCAACAUUGGAGAAAUUACAAAUUGAGACAAUGAAAAAAAGAGGAUCUCCAGACACUGCGAAUUUUCCUACUAUUCUGAUUCAAGGAGUUGAAAUUGUUCCACUUUACAAUUGUCUCGAUUUGUUAACGGAUUUUCGUAAUAAACUGCAUUUGUACGAUCUGGAAUAUUUUGUGGAUCUAAUGGAGAGACCAGAAAAAUGGGAUCACGAUAGGGAACAACGUAUUACUAAUAUGAAUACAAAAAAACCAUUAUUAGCUACAUGGAAACACAUUGAAACUAUGCACAGCAUCAAUGAUGGUAAAUUAAAAGUCAAAAUUCCACCUCUAUGGAAUUCAAGUGUCGGCGCAAAGAAAUUGAAUAAAGUCAAUUUCGACAGUAUCCUCAAUGUCUUUAACGAAAAAGUGGCAAAUUGCAUGGAUAAACUUGCAAUUGAUAGUGAGAACAUGAAUGGAAAGAAAAUUCCGCCAGAAGGAUUUUUCACAUCAUUUAUCCUACACUUUUUGGAUAAACUUUGCCUUGCAUUAAUGGGCGGAUCAAAACAUGACGACAAUGAUCCAAUUAAAAAAAUGAAAACUGUUUUAACUGAUGGUAGUUUUCAUCAAGAAUUUUUUGAAGUUGCAAAAAUUUAUCUUCAACAUAUGCGCUUUGUGGAUAAUGAUACUCGAGUGCCAAUUGGUCGACACAUUACAUGCUUGAACGAUUUAAUAAUAACAAUUAAUGGUUAUCAAGUGCUUUGGCAGAAAUUACGCGAAAUGGAUUUUCAUUUUGUCAAAACGGAAAAUUUCAAUUCAGAAUUAAUUGAUGAUUUUCUUUAUAAAUAUGAAGGCGCAACGUGCCUAAAAUUUUGUCGUGAUUUCAAAAAUUACUGUUAUCUGGAUAUAAAAGUUUAAUUUAUCACCAAAAGGGGCGAAUGGAUAUUUUAUGGAAUAUAACAAAAAAAAAGAAAUAACAUGAGGAAAAUAUUUUAUGAUGCAGUGAGAUUGUAAAGUACUUAUCUAAGUUUUAAGUGUUAAUAAUAAAAUUUUAUCUCUUUUUUAAAA